UUCUCAAGGUACAAGGCUUGGAGGCAUUUGGCCGCGUUCGUUGGAAAUCACAAACAGAAAAUUCCAUGCAUAAUGAAGAUUGAGAGAGCCAAAACUAAUUGACUAUCUAGAUGUACUCCUGCUUCGCCACCACAUCAUGAUAAAGUAAUCAGUGUCAUAUACGGAUGCUUAGAAUUUAGAAAUCAACAACAUUACAUAUGCAGCUGCUAAAAGAAGCAUGAGAAACGCAAAGAGUCGUCAAGAUAAUCAAGAGACCAAGCACACACAAUCCUGUAGAUUGAUGUUGGAUAGCAAAAUCUACAAAAGAGAUUUAUCAAUGUGUUUGUGUUGAAGUUAAGCCACAAGAUGACGAUAAAUCUGUGGAUCGGCCAUCACUGCACCUGUCAACAUCUUUCUUAAAUAUCUAUAAACAUGUGGCUUCUCAUUUUGAUCUCUGUAAUUUUUUUUUUCUGAUCAAAGAUCUCUGUAAUUAUGUAGGAUAAGUCUAAUUUCAAUACUAUGUAAUAUUAUUAGGAUUAAAAAAGUCCAUAAAAACUGAAAAUAUAAUAUUUAAUAACGUUUAGAGGAAACUGCUAAGAAGAAAUAAUAUAAUACAAAUUUAGAAAAGCGAGAUUGGAUAUCGGAUUGAGAUAUCUUUCCAAAUGUCAAUAUUCUCUUUACUCAUUAGACUGACUACUGAUGGACUGACUCGUGGCGCACAGACAGCCUUCGAGCCUCUGUCUGAAAAAACAAAUUUAGAGACAGAGAGAGAGAGAAAGAUCUGUGCGUGAAAAAGGCGCAACUAUAAGAGAAUCCGAUACGAAACUCUUUAUUCUUCCUCAAACCUUUUUGCUCACUUCAAUUCACACAGUUCCUGUGUUUUGAAUUCAUUUGUUUUCCUGGGUUUCUCACAAAUCAAAUAUCUUCCUUGUCGUCACUGUUUCCGAACAUCCAUAAAAAUGGAAGGAAAAGAUUUGGAGUUUGCAGUAAACGGAGAGAGAUUCAAAGUCAACUCUGUUGACCCUUCUACGACUUUACUCGACUUCUUGCGACUCCACACUCCUUUCAAGAGUGUCAAGCUCGGCUGCGGCGAAGGAGGAUGUGGUGCUUGUUUAGUAAUGCUAUCAAAAUACGAUCCAGACUCAGAUCAAGUGAAGGAACAUAGUAUAAACUCUUGCCUCACACUUCUCUGCAGCAUAAACGGAUGCUCCAUCACAACAUCAGAAGGUCUCGGAAACACAAAGAACGGCUUCCACCCAAUCCACAGCCGUUUCGCCGGGUUCCACGCCUCUCAGUGCGGUUUCUGCACUCCAGGGAUGUGCAUUUCUCUCUACUCAGCUCUCUCAAAUAGCUCAGCAGGAGGCCUCACGGUCUCCGAAGCUGAGAAAUCAAUCGCUGGAAACCUCUGUAGAUGCACCGGCUACCGUCCCAUUGUAGAUGCUUGCAAGAGCUUCGCUGCUGAUGUCGACAUCGAGGACUUGGGGUUGAACUCGUUUUGGAAGAAGGGAGAUAGCAAAGAGGCUAUGUUGAAGAGCUUGCCUCCUUACAACCCCAAAGACCAUCUCGUGACAACGUUCCCUGAGUUCUUGAAGAAGAAUGUUCAUAAUGGUUUGGGGUAUCGUUGGACUACUCCUUUUAGUUUAACCGAGCUUCAUAACAUAUUGGAGUCUGCCAAUGCCGGAGGCUCGUUGAAGUUAGUUGUUGGCAACACAGGGACAGGUUAUUACAAAGACGAUGAGGGAAGGGUUGAUAGGUAUGUUGAUAUCAGCCGCGUUCCGGAGAUUACAAUGAUCAAGAGAGAUGAGAAUGGUAUUGAGAUUGGAGCAGCUGUCACCAUAUCGAAUGUGAUCGAUGCUUUGAAGGAGGAAGGCAAGUCUUUUGCCAUUUUCAAGAAAAUGGCGGCUCAUAUGGAGAAAAUUGGUAACCGUUCUAUCAGGAACUCAGGGAGUAUCGGCGGGAAUCUAGUCAUGGCGCAGAGCAGAAAGUUUCCUUCUGAUAUCGCCACGCUUCUGCUCGCUGCAGAUGCGUCAGUGUAUGUGUUUAACGGCGGGAUAAUCAAGAAGGUUAAGCUACAUGAGUUUCUUGACUCGACUCGGGUUUUAGACACCAAACAAGUUCUUUUAAAAGUUGAGAUUCCAGCGUGGACUGAUGACGCUGGACUGCUCUUUGAGACUUACCGAGCCGCGCCUCGCUCUAUUGGCAACGCAUUGCCGUAUGUGAAUGCUGCUUUCUUUGCAAGAGUGUCUCGCCAAAUGGUGGAUGAAUGCUUGUUGGCUUUUGGUUCUUAUGGCGGUGAUCAUUCGAUCAGGGCGACGGAAGUAGAGCGUUUCCUGACGGGUAAAUUGCUGAGUCACAGUGUGUUAUAUGAAGCUAUGUGUUUACUUAGAGGAGUCAUAGUUCCUGGCAAAGGCACAUCUUACCCUGAGUAUAGGAAAGCCUUGGCUGUUGGGUUUCUUUUUGAGUUUUUCUCUCCACUGAUUGAUGAUAAUAAUGGCCAUAGCAACGGCCGUGUAGAUCCCACAGAGUCUCUUCUUCCCUUCCUCUCAUCUUCACAACAAGUGGUAGAGAGUGAUGAGUUUCAGCCUGUGGGUGAAGCUGUUAUCAAAGCUGGAGCUGCAAUACAGGCUUCAGGUGAAGCUGUUUUUGUUGAUGAUAUUCCGACUUUACCAGACUGUUUACAUGGAGCAUUUAUUUACAGCACAGAGCCUUUGGCUAAGAUUAAAAGCAUAAGCUUCAGUGAGAACGUGACUCCUGCUGGAGUUUUUGCAGUUCUUACUUUCAAGGACAUACCAAUACAGGGACAGAACAUUGGUUCCAAGACUGUUUUUGGACCGGGGCCUUUAUUUGCAGAAGAACUCACUCGAUGUGCUGGUCAAAGAAUUGCUCUUGUGGUUGCAGACACACAGAAACAUGCAGACAGGGCAGCAAAACUUGCAGUUGCUGAGUAUGAUGUAAAUAACUUAGAAGAGCCGAUAUUAACGGUCGAAGAUGCGGUUAAGAGAUCUAGCUUCUUUGAUGUUCAUCCAAUGUUUUACCCUGAACCAGUAGGUGAUGUUUUAGAAGGAAUGAAAGAAGCUGAUAGAAAGAUACUCGUGGCUGAGUUCAGGCUCGGUUCACAAUACUUCUUCUACAUGGAGCCACAAACAGCACUUGCCUUGCCAGAUGAAGACAACUGCGUGAAAGUGUUCAGUUCAUCUCAAGCACCUGAGUACGUGCAUUCGGUCAUCGCUACGUGUCUUGGCAUUCCAGAGCAUAACGUCCGAGUCAUCACCAGAAGAGUUGGAGGUGGCUUUGGCGGCAAAGCUAUUAAAUCAAUGCCUGUUGCAACAGCAUGCGCACUGGCAGCUCACAAGCUGCAGCGUCCUGUCAAGAUGUAUCUGAACCGAAAGACGGAUAUGAUAAUGGCUGGAGGAAGGCAUCCAAUGAAAGUGACAUACAACGUCGGUUUCAGAUCAGACGGGAAGCUCACAGCGCUGGAGCUUACAAUGCUGAUAGACGCAGGGAUGGAGCCUGACGUGAGCCCGAUCUUACCUAGGAACAUAAUGGGCCCGCUGAGAAAGUACGACUGGGGAGCCUUGUCGUUCGACGUUAAAGUGUGCAAGACGAAUCUUCUGAGCAGAACAGCGAUGAGAGCUCCAGGGGAAGUGCAAGGCUCGUACAUCGCGGAGGCCAUCAUCGAGAACGUAGCCUCUUCUCUUCAGAUGGAAGCUGAUGAAGUGAGAAAGAUAAACCUUCAUAGUUACAAUAGCCUCAGGAAGUUCUACAAGCAUAUCUCCGGUGAGGCGGAGGAGUACACACUGCCUUUGUUGUGGGACAAGGUGGAGAUAUCUUCAGAGUUCGAGAAGAGAGGUGAGAUGGUUAAGGAGUUUAAUAUGCGUAACGUGUGGCGAAAGAGAGGGAUCUCUCGAGUACCUAUUGUUCAUCAAGUUAUGCAGAGGCCCACGCCGGGUAGAGUAAGCAUCUUGAGCGAUGGUUCGGUUGUGGUUGAGGUUGGUGGAAUCGAGAUAGGUCAAGGGUUGUGGACCAAAGUGAAACAGAUGGUUGCGUAUGGUCUCGGUUUGACGAAAUGCGCCGGAAGCGAUGAGCUGAUUGAGAGGGUACGUGUUGUUCAGGCCGACACGCUCGGUUUGAUCCAAGGAGGUUUCACUGCCGGUAGCACCACGUCCGAGAACAGUUGUGAAGCCGUUAGGCUUUGCUGUGUUAUGUUGGUGGAGAGGCUGAAAGUUACAAUGGAUCAAAUGAUGAUGGAGAAGAAGUCAGGUUCCGUGACGUGGAACAAGCUUAUUCAACAAGCGUAUGCUCAGUCUGUGAAUUUAUCGGCGAGUGCAUUGUAUACGCCAGAGUUUUCUUCCAUGGAAUACCUCAACUAUGGGGUUGGAGUCAGCGAGGUGGAGGUAGAUGUACUGACUGGAAAGACAGAGAUUUUAAGAUCAGAUAUCAUUUAUGACUGCGGAAAAAGUCUUAAUCCUGCUGUUGAUUUAGGACAGGUGGAAGGAGCUUUUGUACAAGGAAUCGGAUUUUUCAUGAUGGAAGAGUACACUACAGAUGAGAAGGGGCUUGUGGUGCAACAAGGCACUUGGGACUACAAAAUUCCCACGGUCGAUACCAUCCCUAAGCAGUUCAACGUCGAGAUUCUCAACACUGGACAUCACAAAAACCGCGUUCUCUCCUCUAAAGCAUCGGGUGAGCCGCCUUUGCUUCUGGCGGCUUCGGUUCAUUGUGCAACGAGAUCAGCGAUUAGGGAAGCACGGAAACAGUCCCUUUCAUGGAACUGUAAUGAUGGAAAUAGAGACGUGUCUGGUGUGGAUUUUGAGUUACCGGUUCCAGCUACUAUGCCCGUGGUAAAGGGUCUUUGCGGAUUGUAUAGCGUAGAGAAGUACUUAGAAGGGAAGAUCUGUGGGAAAUAAAGGCAAAUUCUUGUUGUUGCUGUUUAGAGCGUUACUAUUGUUGCGUCUUUAUAUUAUACAUAACUGAUGUCGCGAGCUAAUGUUUUCAAAGCAUGAGCUUGUAUGAAAGGAAAGAAGACAGAAUAAAGUGAAGAUAGAAAGGCUUCAAUAAUAUUUAUUGUACGGAGAUCAUGUGUGUAAGUAACAUGAAGAAGUAUAAGGGAAACUUAUCUUCAAAGGCGA